UACCAUCCAUUACAGUAACCCAUUUAGAUAAUACCGAUGGUCAACUUUUAAAUAGAAGUGAACCACAUAUGAUUGAGUCUACAACGUACAAUGCUUUAAAUCCAACUAAAGUAUUAGUGCAUGGUUGGCUUGGUAACACUCAAGAAAAAUCGGGCGUUUGUUCGUACAAUGUAAAAUCGUAUUUUAAGGUGGGUGAAUACAAUGUGAUUUGUGUGGAUUGGAAACAGUAUUCGACUGAUAUAUCCUACAAAGUUGCAACAGUACGAGCCAAACACAUCGCUCACGAUAUAGCUAAAGUCYUGAAAAGGAUAACGUAUGACAUGACAGAAGGAAUUGAUACUUUGCAUUUGAUCGGACACAGUAUGGGAGCYCAUAUUGUUGGAUUCGUAGGGAAAGAGUUGACCAAUCAGAUUCCCCGAAUUACGGGAUUAGAUCCUGCAAAGCCAGAGUACGAAGACAAAGGCCCAGAAGACAGACUCUAUAUUACUGAUGCGCAUUUUGUAGACGUUAUGCACACAAAUACUGCCAAAAAUGGCUUUGAGAAAUCAAUUGGACAUAUAGAUUUUUUCCCAAACGGAGGGAAAACACARCCAGGUUGCAAAUCUUCAGACAAAGGUAAUGUUUUCUAAAAUAGACUUAUGGUUCAAUUAGAUGACUUAAAAU